UCUCUCCCAGUAAUGUCCCACCCUUCACCCGAGCUCUGUUGCUCUCAGUCACUGUAGCUCACCCGUACGAUCGGUGCUUUACCGAGAAACAUUCGACCGGAUCUGGGCGGGACCGAAUCGACUCGAGUGCGCUUCAUUACUCACCAAACCUCCAUGAUCCACACCUGGACGAGCGCUUGACAGGUCAGUAAGUUAAAGAGAGGAUAUUAUGAAGACAGAGACGGGCCUUGAGGCGGAGGUGCCAUCACAACACAAAGGGGCAACAGUCAACAUGCAAGAGUCAGCAUCAGAUGGCAAAAUGGCCAAACAGGAAAACAAGGCUCAUGAUGAUCACAAAGACACAGAAGACACAUCAGAAAGGACGACGCCGGGAAAGAGCCCCAGAUCUCCUCAGAAAGGCUCCAAACGCUCUAAAACGUUUCCCUUCAAAGUCACUCUUCUGGACAGUUCUGAUUAUGAAGACAACAUUGAGAAACUGUGUAAAGGUCAACUUCUCCUGGACAUGGUGUGUGAACAUCUAAAGCUGUUGGAGAAGGACUACUUCGGCUUGACCUUCAGUGAUUCUGACAGCCAAAAGAACUGGUUGGACCCAUCCAAGGAAAUCAAAAAACAGAUGAGAACUUCUCCGUGGCAUUUUACUUUUGCUGUCAAGUUUUAUCCACCGGACCCCUCCCAGCUCAUAGAAGACAUUACCAGGUAUUAUCUGUGUCUGCAGCUGCGGAAUGACAUUAUCUCCGGCCGCCUGCCCUGUUCUUUUGUUACGCAUGCUCUGUUGGGCUCUUACACCAUACAGGCGGAGCUGGGAGAUUACGAUCAGGAUGACCACGGCUCGGACUACGUCAGUGAUUUUCGUUUCGCCCCGAAUCAGACCCGCGAGCUAGAAGAGAGAGUGAUGGAGUUACACAAAACAUACAGGGGAAUGACGCCUGCAGAAGCCGAAAUUAACUUCCUGGAAAAUGCAAAGAAGCUCUCAAUGUACGGGGUUGACCUGCAUCAUGCUAAGGAUUCAGAAGGGAUUGAAAUCAUGCUGGGAGUGUGCGCCAAUGGUCUAUUGAUUUAUCGUGACAGGCUGAGGAUCAACCGCUUCGCCUGGCCAAAGAUUCUCAAGAUUUCUUACAAAAGGAGCAAUUUCUACAUCAAGAUCCGCCCUGGAGAGUACGAGCAGUUUGAGAGCACCAUUGGCUUCAAGCUUCCUAACCACAGAGCUGCCAAGAAACUAUGGAAGGUCUGCAUCGAACACCACACCUUUUUCAGACUAGUAUCUCCCGAGCCACCACCAAAGGGCUUUCUGGUGAUGGGUUCAAAGUUCAGAUACAGUGGAAGAACACAGGCCCAGACACGACAGGCCAGCGCUCUGAUCGACCGACCUGCUCCACACUUUGAACGGUCCACCAGCAAGAGAUACCUGCUUUCUCGCAGCCUAGAUGGAGAGUUCUCCCGACCGGUGUCAACACUGGGUGAGAUCCAUGAUGGCCUGUCCCAGAAAAGCGAGAGCGACCAGCCUCACUGUCUGUCUGCAGAUGAAGGUGAACCUGAUCUCAGUCUGGACCAAGACCAAGAUCAAGACCAAGAUCAGAGCAGAAGUGAAGAGAUGGUCAUGACUCCAACCAGGAAAAAAGACAUCAAGGAGGAUGCAAGUCUGGCUCUUGAUAAACAGGAGCAGGAGUUAACCCCUCUACACAAGCAGGAGUUUCUAAACAAGUCGGAAGAUGUUCUCCUGAAGCACCAGGCCAGCAUCAAUGAGUUGAAGAGGGCACUGAGGGAACCCAGCAGUAAACUGAUGAACCGGGAAAAACGCCUGUCUUCGACGUCCCCCGGCGAAACUCCAGAGAAGAAGGCAGUCUUGGCCACCUGUCAGGAGGCUGAACCUGUCAACAGCCUCUCUGUGGAGGGCUUCAUACAGAAGACUUUAGUGACUUCACCUGAGGGCUCUGAGGAAUGGGUGUUGAUCGAAAAACCAGAUGCAUCUCACCCGGACUUUGCGAUGGAGGAGAAAGAACGUAACAAAUCGAAUGCGUCUUCCCCUCACCUGGUCGUUGAAUUCCUUCCGAAAAAGAAAAGGGAGGCAGAAAAGCAAUGGGAAAUUCCCAAGAUGAAGCACACUGAGCUGAUGGGAGAGGAUGGUGAAGAAAUGCAAUUGCAGAUGGAGACUUUUGCAUGCUCAAAUGUGUCACAAAAGUCAACAGAAUCAAACAAAAGGAGAGAAGCCGAUAAAUCAGAGCCUUCUUCUGCGGCCGAAUCAAGAUCUAACACUGAGAAGACCUCAGAUCCUGAUGUUAGGGAGGAACAUGCUCCACGUAUAGUCAGAAGAGAGAAAAGACCCCAGAGCUUAAACCUGGGGAUGUCCAGGGACUUUGUGUACGAGUCUGAAGCCAAAAGUUCAAACAUCACACAAGAUAGUGUAGAAUCAGAUGAGGAUAAUAAUACUGAACUUAUUGAGGAUGCUGUGGUCUGUCCUCCAAAAGAUUUCACCUCAACAACAGACGUGUGGUCACCGUCCAUGACUAAAAAACUAAAUCACCCAGCCGAUUCUGGAGCACCGCUUGAAGAACGGGAAUUUGACAAAGUCAUGGAAAAAGACCUGCAGAUCUCCAGUCAAGGAGCAGCAAGAUCUGAUGAUGCAAAAAAGUUUGUAGAAGGCCAAGAAAAGACAUCCAUCGAAAUAAAGAUAAUGAACACUGAAGACAAACAAGAAAACCAAGAUUCGGUUAAUGGUCCUGGUAACGAUGAGCUAAAAAUAGUCAAGACUGAUGUCAGAUUUGAGGUUAUGAAAGUCAUCAUGAUUGACAACAGCAAUAACAAUGAAGAGCCUGAAAAUGUGGAUGAGCAAAGAAUGGAAGAGUUGGGUCUUGAGAGAAAAAUAAGCAAUAUUGAACUGGAUAAAACCAAGGUGAUCCAAACAGCCAAGGAUUUGAGAAAGACCGGCACGAGAUUAACAGGACAUGCGAGAACUGAUAUUACCAGAAUUGUUCCAUUGAAACCUGAGAGAGCGAAGAGUCAAGGUUACAAAGAUGAUAUAGAUAUUGGGCAAGAUUCUGAAUUGAUGACAAGAAGCUUUAAAAGAUACAGUAUGAACGAAUCUUUUGAGAGACACUUUGACACCAGUAAGUUUGAAAGCAGGUUUUCAAGCACUUCCAGUUCAAAUUUGACCAUUAGUCCGGAGAAUGUCAAAGCAAGUCAUCGGGAAUCCUCAUUAGCUACGGUAGACCACAAUGGUUCAGGCAGCUCAGAGCAAAAAACACUAAGUGAUAUUACAGGUUCAUCACAAGAAGAAGUGAUGCAGGAUGAGGAAACUACAAAACACACCAGCCGAGUGGUCCAUGGAGAGCUUCUGCUGCCCAUUGAGGGAGUAUCUGAUGUCCAACCCAGGACUCCAGUCCACCAAAAAAAUGCCCCUCCAACUCCUCCAGUUAAAACAAAGAAAGCAAGGGAAUCCGUUCUCAUUCUACGCAACAGCCGCAACUUCGGCAAAGAUCUGGUUUUCGAAGACAAGAUGAGUCCUCCGGAGUCUCUGUCUGCUACUUCUACUCAUGAGGACACACAGGAUGAUGUUAAGCAGCGGCCAGCCUCGACUUUGGAGGACGACGGUAGUCGUGAGCUAGCUGGGCUGAAGGACACCCUGCUAGCCAUCGAAAGGAAAUGUUCGAGCAUGACUGUCAGUUCAGCUUCAAGUCUGGAAGCUGAGGUGGAUUUCACUACGGUCAUGGACUUACACAGCGAAAUGGAGGAGUUUUCUAGAGGCAUGGCUGAGCUGGGUGAGAAGGACCAGCAGGUGGAUAUGGGAGGGGAAGGUUUUGAGGAGAUCCCUGGGAUCCGCCACAUGGAUUGGAGAGAUGCGUCACCCGGGAGAGAAAGAUUAAUUGAAGGUCGUACUCAUCAGGAUUUAGAGCCUCCCCCCAUUGCUAAGAAAGACCCCAGUGCUGUGAGUGCCGCCCAGAAGUUGAGAAGAGGAGAAGUGCUACCAAAUUCCAACGGUUCAGAGGUUCAUCACGCUGUUGAACACGACUCUGAUCAUCCCCCUCCAGAAGAAAAUAUUACUAGCGUUAACUGCAAGCAGACCAAAGCCUCUAGUACUGACAUCACUCAACCACAGAAGGUGGACUCGAAACAGGAAGAGGGACGAGUUAAAGAAACAAAAGAGAACGGCUCCCCUGUAAGGGUAAACAGUCUGGGAAGAGACUUUGUUGCGUCACCUCUCACCGUAACCACAGAAAAUGUUACAUCAGCCACCACGACUCAAGUGACCAAGACAGUGAAAGGAGGAUACGCAGAAACCAGGAUUGAGAAAAGAAUAAUUAUAACAGGCGAUGAAGAUGUUGAUCAACAUCAGGCACUUGCCAUGGCAAUACAAGAAGCCAAACAGCAGCACCCCGACAUGCUGGUGACUAAGGCAGUAGUGGUCAGAGAAACAGACACAUCCUUUCAAGACAAACAACGGAGAUCUGAGUCUUGAUCACUAGAGGGUGCUGUUGGCAACAGUGACAGAAGAUCUGCUUUGGAUGUCUAACUGAGAGAUGACGACUCAUGACUCACACUACUGAACACCGUACCCAAAACAAACCACCAGCCCUUUCUAAUCGCUGUCUCGUCUCAUCCCGACCCCCUGUUAAGUUUAACCUGUGUCUCAUCAUCUGAUGUCAAUACAAUGUACAGUACCGUUCAAAGUAUUUUCCUUCCACUAUAUAAACAGUAGCCACCUGAGUCAUCUGCAGUCCUUAUGAGAUUUUAACACUGAAUUGUAUAAAUGUCAAUAGUUUAUCAUGAAAUUUAGAGCGGAUUUGAAAAAGAAAUCCUGAAAGUGUUGGAUACAUUUCUUCAUGCUAUCAUGUAUGCAUAUCAGACUUUAUUCCAGAGGUUUUUCUUGAGUUUACAGCAUUUUCGGGCUCCUUGUCAACUUCUCCGUUAUUCACAGCGUGGACUACAUGUUUCUCAGUUCAAAACAAACAUCGUCCCGGGAAUUCGGUCUUCCAUUUUGGAUCCAUGCAUGACUUUUGAGAAUUCACUGGAGAAGUGUGAGAAAGAACAAACUGCCCUGGAAAACAUGACCAUGGGUCAGCCUCUAUAACUCUCACUAAUAUACUCGAUUGCUGUUUUCUAGCUUUGUAAAGAUUUUUCAAUAAUAGUUGAUCAAGUGUUUGCUUGUUAAUUACGAAUAUUUAUCAAUUCGUUUAUCAUAUGCGCAUGCAUGAAACGCAUAGCAGAUUUGCAGAUGGUGGAUGCAGACACAUGUCAAACCACACUAGAUACCUGACCAGUUGUACAACAGAUGCUGUAGUUUUAUACCCCGCAUGUCAAAACAGCUGAAGGGACAGAGGGGAAUUUCACAUAAUAAGCAACAGAUAUAGUUAUGUGGUGUUUAUCAUCUUUAAUUUCCUUGCAACAUUUUGGGUUGCAGGUAACGUCAGCUGUUAAUAAAUCCCUUUCCUUUAUGUCUCAGAGUUUUAGUGGGUCAAACCAAUCUCCCUUUUUUAACCCGACACUCCAAAACCUAGUGAGCUGCCUAUCUAGUGAGCAUUUUAAAGCAUCAUACAGUAUGAGUGCUCCCAUAGUAAAGGCUGUUUCGAAGGGUAGAUGACAAAAUGUAUCCUUCUUUGGCCAACAUUGUUUCACAUUGAAGGCAAUCCCAUAAUGCAUUGUGACUAAGCAAAGGAUGGCAUGUGUUCAAUAUAGAACGAUUCAAAUUGUGCGUAGCAAUCCACUGAUAUAUCAGCCAACUUGCUGCUUCUCCAUUCUUUGAACUCCGCUCGUCAAUUAAGAGAAAACACUUCCCUGCCAAUGAUAAGUUUUUCCAGCAAUCCUUAUUUCCGCUAUUAUUCAACUUAUAAAAACCGGAAGUAUUCCCUUAGGGAAAACAGUUCAAACUCUGUGUAUGUUUUGAUCAUCGCUGAAUCUGAUCUCUAUCAAAAGUCCUUCACAAAAUGCAAUAAUCAUCUCAGCUUUUUACUCAAAAUGUGGUAUUUUUGAAGAAACCUACCCAUAUCUGAGAGGUGAUAAAAAGAGAACAAAUGAAGAUAUGACGAAAGUUUUUUGUUUAAAAGCAGAGGGUCUGUUCUUUCAUUUGAUAUAUUGUAUGUUAAUAUAUUUAAUGAGAACAUUUUGUGAAAGACAUUCAACUUUUUUGAAAAUCAUAAAAAAUGCUGCCGCUGGCUGGCAACUUUGUUUUAAAAACGCUGGCGGGGAAAGAGUUAAGGAUAAAAUGUGCCCUUAGAAAUCAGAUGCCUAUGUAGACAGCGAGGGUUGCUCACUAGGUUUUGUUGGAGUUACUGAAGUGUUGCUUGAUGGGUAAUAUUAGAAUUUUAAUAGAGAUUUUAUUGAAAUGUUUAUGAAGUAAGGAUGUUUUGUUUUUUGUUCUUUUUAAGUUAUGCUCUAUGACUUUGAUAUAUUGAUAUAUUUAUAUGAUUGCUGAAUGUGAGCCCAUGGGUUUUCCGUCUCUAACGCAUCACAAUAUACAGCAGUGUCGAUUUCCUGAUCUACAUGAAUUUGAAAAACAACACAUAUAUUCUAUGCAUUCCUAGUACAGUAGCCUGAGGAAAAUACAACAAACAGAGGCAAUUUGGAAAACUGUGAGCUGUUCUUGUCAACAAAUCUGCAAUAAUGCUUAUGUUUAUUAAACUGUGAUCAAGCAUACUAUGUUCAUUUCACGGUUAUAUACACAAAUAUGUCACUGUUAACCACGGCUCUGUACGCACUUUAUGUGUCACUGCUGUCUCCUGAGGGAUGGAAGACCCUCGGGACGUCUGAUCUGCUGUUAUAAUGCAUCUGUGAAUCCAAUGAAGAUCUGUAUAUUUUUCCUGAUAAUGUACUGCAGGCAAAUGUUUUUGUUCAAAAGCAGGUCCAUGCUGUAAAAAGAAUUUCGUGGUGUUGCUGUUUCACUUUAAUUUUACUUAAUUUGACACAACUUGCACUUUCUGAAUUUGUUCAUUUCGACUUAAAAUCUUAAAGCCCCCCUAACCUAAAAAAAGAAACCAAUGUGCCAUUUAUACACACAAACAUCAAGAAUAAGAGUAUGGAUCUCAACAGUGGUGUCAAAAAAUAGUAAAAAAGUUAAUUUAUUCACACCGCAGUGCAUGCUGGGAAUCCAGGAUGUUAUUUGUAAUUUGUUUGUACCCAGCAUGCACUGCAGCAUGAAGCUGUACAUUUCUUUUUCACCAUUGUUGAGAUCCAUACACAUUCUUGAUGUUUGUGUGUAUAAAUGGCAUGUUGGUUUCUUUUUAUGUGCACAUUGUCUUAAAAUCUGUCAGAAUUAUAAACUGCUGAGAGUGCUGGAUCUCCUACUGUAGUAUUACAUUAUUAAAAGAAAAAAGAUGCUUUUGGUUGAUAAAACACUAAAUGCAUAAAUAAACUCACUAUAUAAUGAUCCUAAGCAUCAGAUAUUAUUCACCACUUUGUUUAUUACAUUAUUGACUGCUUUUUACCACAACAAACCAGUUUUAAACAAAAAGUUGUAGCAGUCAGAGGUUAAGCUAGCAAGCUCAGAGUCAAAAGUCCAACUAAAACAAUGGUAACUUAAAUUAAAACAACGCCAACAUCUAAACCUAAUAAGUGAAUAGUGUUUUCUACAACAAUAUUUUACAGGACUUUUAGAAAUAAUGUUUUAUAACACUCUAAAAAUUGCUGGGUUGUUUUUAACCCAGGGCUGGGUCACUAUUGGACAGAACACACUGCCGGGUUAAAAUGACCCAACUGCUGGGUUGUUUUAACCCAAUUGCUGGGUUAUUGUCAAUCAACCAUCUUGAAACAACCCAGCAGUUGGGUUAAAAUAAUUCUAUCCAAUAGUGACCCAGCCCUGCGUUAAAAACAACCCAGCAUUUUUUAGUGUGAAGAGUUUGAAAAUAAUAAAAUGUAACAUUCCUCUAACAUUCACAACCAACAAACGUUCUUAAAACAUUAACAAAACUGGACUAGAAUUACAAUUAAUUACCAGGUUUCCAAGUUGUUUGUUUUUUUAUUGGCUCAAGUUAUAAAAUAUAGAUUUUUUUGUAAAUGAAAACUAUUUUUUCUUGUGAGUGUGAGUGUGUGCGUGAGUGUGUGCGUGUGCGUGUGUGUGUGUGUGUGUGUGUGUGUGUGUGUAAAUGAGACAGUAAAACCUUAAGAUUUUAUAAAGAAAUCAACAAAUUCAGAAUUUGCAAGUUGUGUCAACUUAAGAAAAAUUUGAAAAGUUAAAACAGCAGCACCACAAAAUACUUUUUUAAAGUGUGGGCAGUCUUUUAGUUUUCAGUUUGUGCACUAAUUUGGGGAGAUACAUGCAAGAUAGAUUUAAAUGGUGUUAAAUGUGGAGGUAUUGAAAUCAAAUAAGUGUGGUAUCAUUUCUGCAUCACUAGCAUCAUCCUAGCAAGUUUCCCAAAUAUAUCACCCCCUUUACUACCUACUUUCAUUGGUUGUAUAAGUAACAUAUCAGUUCUCUGAAAAUCUGUAGAGCUUUCUUUGAGCUCUGAUUCAAGCAUUUGCCUGUUCAAGCACUGUUUAUAUAAUGUUCGUUUUGGGAAAGAAAGGUUACUAAUUUGGAGUAUUAAUGGGAGGUCUCUUGUAGUGCAGGUGAUUGUUUCUGUGCAAUACUCUUGAACACAAUCGAGGGCUGAUACUGUGAUGAAUAUGAGAGAAUUGUCGUAUAAAUAUUGGGUGCCUUAUUGUUUUACUCAAUGUCAUCUGAGGCAACAGACAAAAGUUGUUAUCUAGGAUCCACUGACAGAUCCGUGGAAACUCGCUUGGGAAGUUGUAGAGUUGAUCUUGCUGGUCAAUAAGAGUCUACGGUCUGUCAUAUGGAUGCUUGUAAACUAAAUUGAGUAUAUAUCUCUGUUAACUGGUGCAACUUACUGUAAACCUAUAGAGUUUGAUAUAUUACUAGCUUAUGAAGAGCAGACCACUGGAAAAAAUCAAGUGAAACCAGGUACAGUACCUGAUGCUCUGCGCAUGACAUGAAGCGUUGGAUUUAUCUUCCUAUACUGUCCAACUCCCUUCCAUUUACAUUUAUCCUUCAGAGUUUUAUAGCCACAUAGUGCUUAAUGGUGUGUGUUUAUUGUAUUUGCAUUCAACCUAAACAGAGUACAGAAUACAUCAAUAAACGUCUCAAUGCCA